AUGACCGCGGGGGCGGGGCUUGGAGCUGGGGAAAAUGGCGGCGCCGCUGAACCAACAACAGCAGCAGCUGCAGCAACUACAGCAGCAACUGGCGGCUGCACAGACUCAGGCCCAGACUCAAGGCCAGACUCAAAGUCAGGCCCAGCAGCAGCUCGUCCAGGCCCAGCAACUGGCAGCAGCUCAGGCCCAGGCCCAGGCCGGGCAGCCGGCGCUCACACAGCAGCAACAGCAACAAGCCCAGCAACAGGACGACUCGGUGGCCAAGUUCAAGCUGCUGAUCCCGCAGCUCAAGGACUCGCUCCAGAAUCUGAUGAGGAUCGCGGCCCAAAACCUGUCCCAGAACACGACCAUUGACAAUGGACAGAAGAGCAAUGAUACCGCAUUACAACGCUUCGAUAAGAGUCUAGAGGAAUUCUAUGCUCUGUGUGACCAGGUGGAACUGUGUCUGAGGCUGGCGUUCGAAUGUCUAUCCCAGAGCAUUGACAGCGCGAAGCACUCGCCAAACCUGGUUCCCACCGCGACCAAGCCCGACACGGUGCAGACCGAGAGCUUGUCCUACGCUCAGUACCUCAGCAUGAUCAAGUCACAGAUCUCCUGUGCUAAAGACAUUCACAACGCCCUCCUGGAGUGUUCGAAGAGGAUCGCCAGCAAGGGGCAAAUCUGACCCGCAAUGCUUUACAGUCCACAGUCCACAGUCCGACUCUGGAACCUCUUGAGUUAGCAUUUCCAUGGACCUCUGCCAUAUCAAUGCGGGUGUUGUGUGAGUGCUGGGAUGUUCAGGCAUCCCCCAUUCCGUUGUCUACCUGUUUGGUGUAUCGGUUCUCUGAACCUCCACCCGUCUAUGGUUAACAUCCUGUGCUAUGAUCAGUUCCUUUUCCCAGCGGGGUUAGGGUCAUCAGUGCCAUAAGCAGUCCUGUUUCUUCUUGGUUACUUGCUCCUCCAAAAUAUUCCAAAUGGAAUUUAAACUGGAGGUGGCGGAGGGAGGACUUAAGCCAGAAAGUGUUUUUGGGAAGAAAGAGCUACCUUAAAUGUAGUUGCACCUGGUUGGGUAACUAUAGUUGGGUGAGGAAUAUUCCAUGCUUUAAUUGUGCGGGGGGAGAAUGUUCCAUCAUUCAGAGUGAUGCUGCAUGUUCUUCAACUUUAACAAGCUCAGCUUGCCUCUGACUCCCCUGACAUGGCAAAUUCCAGCUCACCUAUCUGCGUGUACAUUGUGGUUCGUUGAGGAUGACGGCACAGCUAAAUGAUUUCUUCUCCGCUCACAGUAAGGAGUGUUGGCCUCACAACCCCUUGAGUCUGUUCCACGAUUUACCUCUGGAUCAUAGCUGUUCUGCAUCUUAGGUGGACACAAAAUGCUGGAGUAACUCAGCGGGUGAGGCAGCAUCUAUGGAGAGAAGGAAUGGGUAACGUUUCGGGAGACCCGAAACGUUACCCAUUCAUUCUCUCCAUAGAUGCUGCCUCACCCGCUGAGUUACUCCAGCAUUUUGUGUCUACCUUCGAUUUUAUCCGGCAUCUGCAGUUCUUUCUCACACAUUUUGGCCUGCAUCUUAAUUCUGUUUCCUGCAUAUCAAAUUCUACCCUCUCCUAAUAAACACACCAUUGCAACCCAACAGCAUCCACAGUCUUUGGCGGAAUAGACAAUAGGUGCAGGAGGAGGCCAUUUGGCCCUUCGAGCCAGCACCGCCAUCCAAGGUGAUCAUGGCUGAUCAUCCCCAAUCAGUACCCCGUUCCUGCCUUCUCCCCAUAUCCCCUGACUCCGCGAUUUCCGCUGAUUCCGGAAUGUGGUUACUUGCAUGAAUUAACUAUCUUACGAGCCAAGCUCGGAGGCCCUAGUUCUCCACCAUCCACUCUGUCAAUAACUUGUUAUAUUAUAAAAAACUUUGUUCAGCUCACCUCCAAUUUUUUAAUUUAGAGUAAAUGCAAGCAGUUUCAACAAUGUGAUUUAAUCUCUCCACAGAUAGACACAAAAUACUGGAGUAACUCAGCGGGACAGGCAGCAUCUCUGGAGAGAAGGAAUGUAUGACAUUUCGGGUCGAGACCCUUCGAAGAAACGUCACCCAUUCCUUCUCUUCAGAGAUGCUGCUUGUCCCGCUGAGUUACUCCAGCUUUUUGGGUCUAUCUUUGGUUUAAACCAGCAUCUGCUGUUCCUUCCCUGCAUAUUUAUCCUCUCCACACCUGUUGUCCUGAUCGCAAUGGUAAUCCUAGCUGCAGCAAGGCUCUCUGACACGACGCAUGCAGAGGUUGAUAGCUGGGACAUCCCGGGACCUCGGUGGUACAGUGCAUUUGUUUGUCUGACUUGAUGCCGACAACGGGUUCACAGGGUGUAACGAUGUCUCGCUGUUGUGAAACAAAGUGACUCAAGGCUCGGAAUCCUUCAGCAAACACCAGCGUGAUCUCCAUGUUAAUCCCAGGACUGCUGUUGACAUUCUCUGCUAACAUUCUCUGACAUUGACAUGGCUGCUGACUGAUUCACACUUGAACAUUGUACGAGAGAGACAGACUGCUAUAGACGGUGACGGGUCUCAGUUAGCCCGAUUACAGACAGCAGCCCAUGUUUCGGGCUAAUUUCUGUAAUAAAGUGAACCUUAAGAGCCUGUCCCACUUACGCGAUUUUUUCGGCGACUUGUCAUAGUCGCAGCAGGUGGCCAAAAUUUUUCAAACAUGUUGAAAAUCCAGCGGCGACCAUAAAAAAGGUACAACUCUAUGGGGGCGACUACUCACGACCAUACAGGAGUCACCCCGCGACAAGUUGCGUAAGUGAGACAGGCCCUUAAGGCAGCAACUCUACCACUACGCCUGAUAUGGAUCGGUCUGCACGUAUGGUUGUGAGUAGUCGCCUAAAGAGUCGUACCUUUUUCUGGUCGCCGCUGGAUUUUCAACAUGUUGAAAAUUUUCAGCCACCUGCUGCGACUAUGACGGGUGCCGGGAAGUCGCCGAAAAAAUCGUGUAAGUGGGACGGGCCCUUUAGUAUUUAUACUAAAUGCUUUGUGCAAGUUCCCUACUGAUCUUUUACGCUGGUGAUAUCGUAAUAUAUUUAAAGAUGGUUUGAAAGCAGUGUGGAGGACAGGGUUGAGGAAAAUUCAUGUUGUUUACAUCAUCUAUACAUGACUGUGACCAUUUAUCCCAUCACUCCCUCCUUGAUGUUCUUGUGUAUGGUCCGAUUUACCUCGAUAGCAUGCAAAAUAAAGUUUUUAAUUGCA